AUGGAUUUAGACUCGAAUUCUGAUGCUGUAUUUAUAUUUGUAAUAUUUAUUUCAAUGAAAUCUAAGAAGUUAUUUUCUCACUCUCCCCCAUUCCGUGAGUGAAUAAAAAAAAUUUUGUUUACUCACGGAGCGGGGUUAUUUUUUUUUUUAAAACAAUUUAUAUAUAAAUUUUAUAAUUUUUCGUAAUUUUAAAAAAAAAAACUUCUUUGCAAAAAUUGAAAAGCAAAUAUUAAUUUAAUUUAUAAAAUCUAUGUUUUAAAACGCAAUUUGUUUAAAAUUAAAUAGAAUUAGCUUGAGAUUUCAUUAUACUAAUUAUCACUUAUAUAUUCAAAUUUUUUUUCAUAAAAAUUUUUUCGAUUACAAAAAUUUUUGUUUACUCACGGGUGCAGGUCAAAUAACUUUGCCUUUUUGAUAGUAUCCAUUUCACCGAAAAAUUUUUGGCCGAAAAUUUUUGAUAGUGAGACAUUUGACCGAAAAAAACCGUUAAUUUUCAGCCAAAUGUCCGCACUAUCAAAAAUUUUCGACCAAAUGGAUUUCUAUGAAAUGUACACUGUCAAAAAUCCACGAUCAUUUGACAUGGAGCCUUUACUCACGGAGGGUGGGCUUUUGGGUAAAAAAUAGGGAUUUUUCCAAUGGUUUUGUUCACUCACGGAGGGGGGGGGAGUCAGAUUGAAUUUUUGAAUUUAUUCAAAUGUAAAGUUCCUUUUUUGGAGUUUAAGAUUUUAUGUGAUCGUAAUUCUAUUGAAUUUAGGGGUAUAAGAAACUCACGCUUUUUCUUGCCUGGCUCGUUAUUAUCAGGCAAUUUAUUAGUACGGAAAUGCCAUAAAGGAUCCAAAGAAGUUUGCUCAUUAGUUGGAAUCUUAGUGGGUAGUGAACAUUUUUGAUUCGCCAGGGUUGAAUUUUCAGGUUUGAAUAUUUCGGUUAAAUGCCAUUUGAUCAGAACAAAUUUGGUAGGAAGAUAG